UGCACACAAGUCAAGGUCUCGCACUUCACCUCGCUAAAUCGAGCAGCAUGUUUGUGUUGCUGUAUUAUUAUUGCCAAAAUAUUGCUAAAAGUGGUCGAAUUGCAUUGUUGACGUUGUUAUAAUUAGGUAUUUUUACAUUGUUCGAAAGUAGUGAGAGUGGUUGUUUGAAGUUUUUUUGUGAUAAGAAAAGUAGGAUAAUUUAGUUUUUUUUAAGAACAGAAGGCAAUAAUUGGUUUUUAUUGAUUUUUACUGGAUUGGAAUGGAAUACUGGAUUUGAUAGUGCUCAAAUAAUUGGAUUGAAGGAAUUGUGAUGUAGCAUACGGAAACUAUAAGGUGCUCUACUUUUGGUUGUCUCAUGAAGUGAUCACAUCAAAAUCAAAGUUUAGGAUCAAGUACUUUGACACUCUUACGACCCAAGGAAGAAGAAGAAGAAAACCAAGACUGUAGACAGCUCCAUAAAAUAUCAUCGAACUUUUAUCAGCAAUAAUUGCAAUACGGUGCAUGAAGGCUUCGGAAAUUUGGUGCAACUAAAAUGGAAAGGUUCUCAAAAGCAUGGGCCACUUUUAAAGGGCUCGUGUUUUGCCAGUUGUGUAUGGCAAUCACGUUCUUAACUACAGGAAUUAUCAUUAACUGCAUUCAAGCCGUCAUGUACGUGACUAUCAGACCUGUGAAUCCGACUUUAUACAGAAAAAUCAAUUUCUACGUUACUUACAUGCUCAACAGUCAAGUCGUAUUUGUGGUGGAAUGGUGGUCUGGAUCUCGUUCUUUUAUAUACACCGAUCCUGCACAUGUCAAAGAUUAUUUUGGCAAAGAACACGCCCUUCUGCUGUUGAAUCAUGGGUGUGAAGUUGACUGGUUGAUGGGGUGGGUAAUUUGUGAUCGAGUAGGCGUAUUGGGUAAUGCUCGCGUCUAUGCCAAGCGAAUUCUUCAGUACGCACCAGUUUUGGGAUGGUCUUGGAAGUUUCAAGAAAUUGUGUUUCUGGAUAGAGACUGGGAAAAGGACAGGCGUAACAUGGGUGCCCAACUUACUCGUCUCGCAGCAUAUCCUGAUCCUAUUUGGUUAACUUUGUUCCCUGAAGGAACACGAUUCACACAAGAAAAGUACGAAGCAAGCAUGGAAGUUGCUCGCGAGAAGGGACUUCCACUAUUGAAACAUCACCUUCUUCCAAGAACGAAAGGAUUUGUGGCGAGCAUUCCAUAUUUGAAGGGAAAAGUGCCUGCAAUUUAUGACGUCGUCGUUGUCGUCGAAAAGGGGUGCAAAAACGAGCCAUCAGUUUUCAGUUUGGUGAGAGGCGAAGAAGUAAGAACUGAAUUGCUAAUACGACGAAUCCCAAUGUCGGAAGUUCCAGACGAUGAAAAAGAAGCUGCGGCAUGGCUCCAGAAGCUGUUUCAAGAUAAGGAUAAAGUUUUGGACAAUUACGUCAAGCUCGGAGAAUUUGUGCCAAAAAAUGAACGUGAUAGUGAAGAGUAUUCCAGUUAUAAAAAUUACCAAAAGAUAGAACUUCCCAGACGAUACUACUCGUUGAUCAAUUUUUGUUCUUGGGCUGCCCUAAUUCUUAUACCAUUGGGCACUUAUCUGUGUCAAACAAUGCUGUCUGGAUCAAUUAUUCGAAUUUCGGUUGUUGCCAUACUUUGCGCUUCAGCAUACAUUGGAUUUAACAAUUUAAUUAAUUUGACAAGAAUUGAUAAGGGAUCAACCUAUGGUAGUACAGGCCCUACACCCUCAACAAACGGCGUCCACAACAAUGGAUCUGCAAAGUCCGAUAAACCUAAUGGAAUUGGUAUGAACGGAAGCACAAAAGUUGAAAGUAAACUAGACUGAAUAUCGUACUCAUCACGAAAUCACCACUUAUUGUCCUUCAUUUUCUUACUCAAAAGACCAAUUAAAAAAACGCUGCAUAUGGACUCCAACAUUUCCUUCCUCAAUUUGUAAAAAUGUUUGCUUUAUUUUUUACCAAAAACUAUUAAUUUACUAAAUAGAUCGUUGCUAGAAUUAUUAUCAUUUGUAAGUUAACAAACAGGUAACUUAGUUUUUGAAACUUCAGUGUUAUUAUUAAUAUUCUCAAGUCUUCAGUAAUUAAAUUUGGUGCUGUGUUAUAUCAAAAUAGAUUAUUUGAACUACCGUUUUCCACUAGAUGAACGUAGAAAUUAGAGAAAAUAGAAACGAUAUGCAGAUCAAUCUUCUAGUCGUGUUAGUGCAUAGAACAACAAAAUAGUAACAAACUGCUUCUGAAAGAAAUUACCGAUGGACAAAUGAUAAAGUCCAAUGUAUUAAUAUUAGAUAACCGCACAAAAAAGUUGCUGGAAAUAACUUUACACCAAAUUUACGAUUACUUACAUACAUGUUAAUGUAUUUUCAUACCAACCUUCUCAGGUGGAUCAGUAAACAUAUAUUUUACGGUUGACAAAAUAUAUACAUCGAUAACUACUUACGUACGACGACACCAAAAGUGCUUGACAUACAUAAUGCUAUUAAUUUAGAUGACUUGUACAAGUUGUUGGUAAUAAUAAUCUGUUAUUUCCUGAUGAUGUGAAAUAGUAAUAAAAAAUUAUACAAUCAUUAUGAAAAUAUA